GUGUGGAAUAGCGAGUGUACCCCUGAACCUGAAUCACACAACCCGAGAAACCUGCUCCCCGAUAAUAGCCUGUAAUUAUUCUCCCCGGCAAAUCCAGCAACGUGCAAGUGUGUGUGCCAUUUAGUCAUGCAAGCUGCAGGCCCUGAAGCUGUGGCACAGGACGAGUGGGGGGGGGGAGAAAAAAGAAACACCGCGAGAUAAUUAGCCUAUUAUCAGACUCCGUUAAAGACCUUUAAUGGGCAAUAUUCACCCAGGGAGAGACAAGCUGUGAUGGGAAAUAAUAAUGAAUAAAGUGAAGAUAAUGGUGAGUGAUGGAUGCAGUCCUGAUGCAUCAUCACUCCACUCAUCUCCCAACUUGAGUACACUCAGUGAUCAUACUGUAUAUAUUACCCUGCCAGCCUCAUCAUGAUGCACUUGCUCGCCCUCUUGCUAUCUCUCCUGGAAAAAAAAAUAGGGAAGAAAAGGUCUCUUUGUUGAAGCAGGCACUCAUUCAUCCACCAGCUCACACAGAGCAAAGAGGAGAUAUAAGCGCCUAUAGCGUCUGUCAAGAUUUAUUUUUUCUUUUAAAUCUUUUUAAACUGACAAUUUAGGGAUCAAACAGAGCUACAUGGUGUCCCACUCUCUCUGUUUAAAUCUGCCCUUUCCCCCCCCCUGUUCAACCUCUGGAACUAUCUAUGACCGCACGGACGUCCUCGCAAUGAACUCCGCCGUCUCACCGCCUCCGCCGCUUCAACUUCUCACCGAGGAGCGGACGGAUGCGCGGAUGCUGGAGCAACAUCUUCCGAAAUAAAAAAAAAAAAGAAAAGAGAGAGAAAAAGUUGGGCGGGAGCAGAAAAAUACCCAAGUUGGAGUAGCUCUCUGUGAAGAGAGGACACAUUACGAAUUCAUUCAUUGUGUCGGAUCGCUGAUUCGGAGAGCUUUUAUUCUUGGCUGUGGCGAGAUCGCAGGAGUUCAUCUUCGGGCGCAUCCUUUUGGUUCUUAUUGCAAAUCAGAUCAGCGUGACGCGCUACUUUUCAGCCCUGAUUAUCUGUCCUCUCCUCUCAGUCUGGAGAGAAUGAGGUGUCGCUGGGUGAAGCAUGAGCUGUCAGAGAAUCAGUCAUAAGCGGCUGUCUCUGCUAUGGGAGGGGGCAGCUCUCAGCCUCUGGCUCUGCUGGUGCUGCUGCUGGACCUCCAGGGCUGCCACCGCCACUGGAGCCGCAGCCGCCGGACGAGGCGACGGCUCCCCCGGCUCCCUGGGCUGGCUGCUGUCGGAUAAGGGCCCCUUCCAGCAGUCCCUGGAGUACACAGAGGCUGCGGAGAGGUACCAGCAGGGCUUCAGCACCAGAUACAAGAUCUAUAGGGAAUUUGGUCGAUGGAAGGUGAACAGCCUGGCUGUGGAGAAGCUGGACAAUUUUGGUGGCGGCAGCGGUUUGGCUCUGCCCCUCGACCCCGACUUUGUGCACGCCAUCCGACAGCUGGGGAGGAGACCGACCCUUCAGAUGAUUACAGAGAGUCUAAUCAAGAAAUACGGCACCCACUUUCUCCUCUCUGCCACUCUGGGAGGGGAGGAGUCUUUGACAAUAUUUGUGGACAAAAGGAAGCUCAGCCAGGAGUCUUCACCCUCCGGGGGCGAGGGCAGCCGAGGCAGCAACAGGAACUCAAAUACUACAGGGACCGUGACCCUGGAAACUCUCCACCAGCUGGCUGCUUCCUACUUCACAGACAGAGAGAGCACCCUGCGGAGGCUACACCACCUCCAAAUUGCAUCCACUGCCAUACGGGUGACUGAAACAAGAACCGGGCCGCUCGGAUGCAGCAACUAUGACAAUCUGGACACAGUCAGCUCCGUGCUGGUUCACAGUCCUGAAAACAAGAUUCAGCUGCAGGGGCUGCAGGUCAUCCUUCCAGGCUAUUUGCGGAGCCGCUUCGUUCAGGCAGCGCUCAACUACGUUGGCUGCAAAUCUGAAGGCCAGUUUGUUUGCCAGAACAGUGACUGCUGGUGUGACUGCAGCGUGGACUUCCCACAGUGUAACUGUCCUCGCUCUGACCUGGCCACUCUGGAAAACAACCUGCUGCGCAUCAGAGACGCCUGGAGGCUGACCUACAAGGAGUUUGAGGAAUCUGAGGAGUUCCAAAGCUUCGUUGGGAACCUGCCAACCCAUUUCGCUGUAAACACAUCUGUCGUGGAGCACUUGUGGAGGAUGGAUGCCAACCUCCUACAGCGAUACAGGCAGCUGGAGACCAGUACUAACCAGCUUCUCACCAGAGCGCGCCGCACCGCUAACAAGCUCUUCAGCCUUAGCAAGAGGUGCCGAAAACAACCCAAAACGAUCCAGCAGAGGCCCAGGCCUCUGCAAUUCUGGCUGAGCUAUGCUCUCUCCAUCUUGUACUGCAGCGAGAACAAUCAGGUUGGUGUUUACAGCGAUGAGAGCCGCAGCUGCUCCUGCCCCUACAACCAUCCACCUUGCCAGGGUCUGAUCCCCUGCUCGGUGGGUGACGGUCCCCGCUGUGCCUCAUGUUCCACAGAGAACCGAACUCGAUGUUCCAGCUGUAACCCCGGCUUCACGCUUACCCAGGGAGUAUGCCGGUCAGCCGUGCCUGACCCCACCGACCCCUAUCUGGGCUUGGAGAGUGACAGAGAUCUGCAGGAUCUGGAGCUGCGCUACCUGCUCCAGCGGCGUGACCCGCGCAUCGCCCUGCAUGCUGUGUUUGUGAGCAACGACGUGCGUGUAAACACUUGGUUUGAUCCCUCGUGGAGGAAAAGAAUGCUGCUCACGCUCAAGAGCAACCGGGUCAAGUCCAACCGUGUUCAUAUGCUCCUCGGACUCACUCUACAAUUUUGCCUCACCAGAAACAGCACUCUUGAGCCAGCACUGUCGCUGUUUGUGAAUCCCUUUGGGGGCAGCCAUUCGGAGAGCUGGACCAUGCCGGUAGGUCAGCACGGAUACCCCGACUGGGAGCGGACCAAGCUGGAUAUCCCCUUGGACUGCUAUAAUUGGACGUUGACUCUAGGAAACAGAUGGAAGAGCUUUUUUGAGACGGUUCAUUUCUACCUGAGGAGUAAUAUCAGGGACCCUGUGGGAGUGACAGGAGGAAACAGGAACAUGACACUGUACUAUGAGCCUCUGGAGGAAGUGGAGCCUUCCAACAACAUCGGCUACAUGAAGGUGAACAGCAUGCAGCUUUUCGGUUACAGCGUGCACUUUGACCCCGAGGCGAUCCAGGACUUGAUUCUGCAGAUAGACUACCCGUACACUCAGGGAUCGCAGGACUCGGCCCUGCUGCAGCUGGUGGAGCUGCGCUACAGGGUCAACCGCCUCUCACCUCCAGGGGCCCCUCACGUGGAUCUGUUCGCCUGCCUGCUCCGCCACAGACUCAAACUGUCCAGUGCCGACGUGACCAGGAUACUCACUGCCCUGCAAACUUUCAGUGCCAGACAACCAAACUAUAUGGAGUACGAGGCAAAUAAACUGUGUAGUUAAGCGCCUCCAUUUGAUGUUUUGUACUAUUUCCUUGCCACAAAACAGGCCUGUAUCCAUUGUCAGCUGGAUCAGUUUACAUCAAGUGUGUGGUUUGUUGUCCAAGACUGUGCUGUACAUACACAAUGUGCAAUUAAAAUCAGUGUUUUUACAAAAA